AUGGCAGUUUCUGGAACAAAAACCAUUUCUCAUGAAACCCUUACACAAGAAUUGUUACAAUCAGAAGCAGCAGAACCAGUGAGCAAGCAGAACUCAAUCCUCUCACUCACACUUGAUGAGAUCCAAUGCAAGAGUGGUAAGAGCUUUGGAUCCAUGAGCAUGGAUGAAUUCUUAGCCAGCAUUUGGAGCUCUGAGGACAACAACAACAACAACACAAAUCAAACCCUUCAUGAUGAACAAGCUUCUCAACACAUCAUGAAAAGUGCUGUAACAAAAACAGAACAACAACAACAAGGUUCAUUCUGUGUCAUCCCAUCUCCAAUUUGCAAGAAAACUGUGGAGGAAGUUUGGUCUGAGAUCCACAAAGACCAAGAACCACAACAAAGGGAUGAAUCUAACAACAUUGGAAUGAAUGAGGCACUUAGAAAGCAACAAACACUAGGGGAAAUGACAUUGGAGGAUUUUCUAAUUAAAGCUGGUGUUGUACAAGAAUCAAAAUUGACAUCAAAAUCAAGAGUUGCUACUACAACAAUAAUGCCUUUAGUAUUUCAGAAUCAUGUUAGCAACAUUGCAAGUAGUAAUAGACCAAUGGAUCCAAGUUAUGCAGUGAGGUCUCCUAUGGGGGUAGGAUUCCCUAGCCAACAAAAUCUUGGGAACCAUGGGACUAAUAACAAUGGACUUGGAACAUAUCCAAUUUUGUUACAGAAUAAUAAUAGCUCCACAAGGCUUCUGGACUCGAGCGUGGGCAGCAGCAGGAAGAGGGUAAUUGAUGGUCCUCCAGAAGUGGUGGUAGAGCGAAGGCAGCGCAGAAUGUUGAAGAAUCGAGAAUCUGCCGCAAGAUCACGGGCGAGAAGACAGGCAUAUACGGUUGAGCUAGAAGCAGAGCUGAAUGUGCUAAAGGAAGAGAAUGAGAAUCUAAAACAAAUUCUGGAUGAAGCAGAGCUCAAGAGGAAACAAGAGAUUUCACAGAGGAAGCACACAACAAAGCCACAAAAGAGGACAGAAAAAUUGAGGGAAAUAAGAAGGACUAUUAGUGCAGCUUGGUGA